AUUGCACCUAACUCCUUGCUUUGAAGUGUGAAAUGCUGCCAGGAACUCUACACAUUGCCCGCUAAUAUGGGAAAAAACGCGUAGCGUCCUUGGGAUAGCCAGAGUUUGGGGACUGCGUGGCAUAAGACAGUAUUAUUAUGGUGUAAUAAAAGAUGGGAGAUGUUUUAUUUUAAUAAAUUUAGCCCCCUGGUGCCUCCUUGUGAAAGAAAUGUUUCUAGCUCUUCCCAAUGAGUGUCCACGAAAUGAAUGAAGGUGUUUUCGCGCAGAAUAAUCAAUCCAUUGGAGAUGGCAGUAAAGCAGAAAACCUGGUUCCCUGGGCUCUCACUACACUGGCCACCGUGCUGAUUACAACUAUAGUGGUGGAUAUUCUGGGAAACCUACUGGUCAUCCUAUCAGUCUUCAACAACAAGAAGCUCAGAAAAGCAGGUAAUGCUUUUGUCGUCAGUCUAGCAAUUGCAGACCUUCUAGUAGCACUCUAUCCCUAUCCUUUGGUUCUGAUGGCUAUUUUCCACAACGGCUGGAGACUUGGAUCAAUCCACUGCCAAAUCAGUGGCUUUCUGAUUGGUAUAAGUGUUAUUGGCUCCAUUUUUAAUAUCACUGGGAUAGCCAUUAACCGCUACUGCUACAUUUGCCAUAAUCUGAAGUAUGACACAUUCUUUUCAAGUAAAAACACAAUCUGCUAUGUUAUCCUGGUCUGGGUGCUGACUGUUUUAGCCAUUCUUCCUAAUUUGUUUGUGGAAUCUCUCCAGUAUGACCCUCGUGUCUACUCAUGCACAUUCGUACAGUCGGUGAGCUCCCUGUAUACUAUAACAGUUGUUAUCAUUCAUUUCAUUUUGCCGAUCAGUGUUGUAACUUACUGCUACUUAAGGAUAUGGAUCUUAGUCAUACAGGUAAAGAAGCGUGUCAAGCCUGAACUUCGACAAAAAUUAAAACCUCAUGACCUGCGGAAUUUUCUAACCAUGUUUGUGGUUUUUGUACUGUUUGCUGUCUGUUGGGCCCCACUGAAUUUUAUAGGGCUUGCUGUAGCAGUGAACCCUGACCUAGGAGCUUCUAUACCGCAGUGGCUUUUCACAGCCAGUUAUUUCAUGGCUUAUUUUAACAGUUGUCUAAACGCUGUAGUUUAUGGUGUUCUGAACCAUAAUUUUAGAAAUGAAUACAAGAAAAUUAUCCUAACUGCAAUUCAGCUGGUAUGUUGAAGCUUUAAAAUAGGUCUACCAGUAUUUUUUAAAAUGACGCUUUUGUCCAAGGAGACAGAAUAAAACUGUGAUUAUAUCAGUCACA